AGGAGAUGAUGGGCAUCGCGAUCAAGUGGACUAAGCUUGACACAAUGGAUCUCAGCUCCAUAAAGACUGAAAAUGGCAAAGUCUCCUGUGAGACUCCAGAGGGAACUGUGGUAAACGUUACUAUUAACCAGCGUUCUGCCUUGGAUUGUUUGUUGGAUACUUUCCGGUUUUUCCGGGACAUGAAGAGAAGUGGGCAAAAGACCAAGCCCUCCCGUAUGUCUGGUUCUGCAGCCCACUUAGGGUUUGGGGUUGCCUAUAUUUCCCUGGGUUUGGUGUCUGUCAUGUUGGCCAUUAUUUUCAGCAUUGCACAGCCAUACUUGAGCAUCUUCUAUUCAGGGGUCCACUUCUGGGUAGGCUUUCCGUUCCUUGUGUCUGGACUACUGAAUCUUGUGGCUUACAGGUUUCCAAACAUAUGGUGGAGGACACUUGCCUUCAUUUCCCUUUUAGUCAACUUUGGUGUCUCUAUUGGGGGAAUGGUAGUUACAGUUGGUGAAACUCAUCGUUUCUACUGGAUGGGACCUGAUGAACAAGCCUGUUAUAAUCUUGUUAAUGGACGUGGAUAUUACAGAGCAACAAGCGGCUACAAUGAUUAUGAGCUCCAGAGUUGCCUAGAUGGAAUCCGAAAAUACAAGUUUCUAAUAAAAUGCUUGACAUAUGUGACCUUGGUGAUAAUGAUCUGGGGUCUCUGCAUGGCAAUCCUAAGCGUGGGCAUGAGAGUGAAGUCAUUUUGCUGUUCUUGCAAAUUAGAGAAAACUGAUGAGACUGAUGAUGCUCUGAUAACACCAGUUCCUACUGAUGACAUCAUCAUUGCCUAAAGAGAAGACUUGGCAUAAUCCACGGAUCUAAAGCAUAGUUAUAAAAGCAUAUAUUGUAAGGGGAAGACUGUAGUGUUGCUGUAGUGUUAGUUAAAACCACAAUUUCAUACUAUCCAAUCUAUUUGUUCAUAAUUUCUUCUAGAGCAGGGGUGAGCAACCUUUGGCACUCUAGCUGCUGUGAAACUACAACUCCCAGCAUGCAAACAUGCUCAGCUGUUCUUCUAACUCCCACAGAAGUGAAUUAAGCAUUCUGGGAGUUGUAGUUUCUGAACAGCUGGAGUGCCGGAGGUUGCUAAUCCCUGUUUCAGAGCUAUUACCUUUUUACAAUUUAAGUCACAGAACGUUUGCCUCCUUAUGAUAUUCCUUUAGAUCCAAUGAUACAUGAAUUUAAUUCAAACAUUCAUCUAGCUAUUAAUUAAGUAACCACUAUGGGGGAGAUUUAUCAAACUGGUGUAAAGUAGAACCGGCUUAGUUGUCCAUAGCAACCAAUCAGAUUCCACAUUUCUUUUUUGACAGCUCCUUUGGAAAAUUUUAUGUGUAAUCUGGCUGCUAUGGGCAACUAAGCCAGUUCCACUUUACACCAGUUUGAUAAACCUCCUCCUUUGGCUGUAAUUUUCUUAUUGCAAACAUUAAAUAAAUGAAAAAUUCUAUUGAUCUGCCACCCUGUGGUCUAGAAUGCCUGAAAAUCUGGGACAAAAAUAUUCUGAUUCCAAAUUGUUAUAAAAGAUUACAAACACCUGUAUGCUGGGGUUUGCGUGCAGAUAAAUUAGGUGGUAGGGGAGUGUAAAGUCAGACUCUGCAGCUGCAUUCUGUCCUGGUAUAAAAUCAACAUUAUCAAUACUAAUUAGGCGACCUGCAAACAUUUUACCUGGACCAAGGGGCACUUGGCAGUGUUGGUGGCACCCCGUUAAAGAGGUUCUAUUGGCUUUUCUAAAAAUCUGUCAGCCUUGUGACCUGUAGAGGCAAAGUGGUUUCCUCAGUACUUAUCCCUUCAUCAUGCCACCGAUUCCGCUGUAUACCCUGAGGUCAUGUAACCUGGACUGGCUGUGAGCUCUUCCGCUCCUGUCCUGACCAAAUGUAUUCCUGAUUCUUCCUGUUUAGCUGCACUCUUUAAAUACAGCGGAAUGGGAGAAUUUAGGAACACAUCUGGUUGGAACCUUAAAGGAAAAGCCGGCAGCCA